AUGCCAUCUGAGGAGCACGCCUCAAUUGAACUAAUCGGAACAGACAGACCUGCUUUAUUGUUUGAAGUAUGUGCGGUUCUUGCUAACCUUCAUUGUAAUGUGGUGAAUGUUGAAAUAUGGACACAUAAUGCUAGAGCUACAACUAUUAUUCAUGUGACAGAUGAUGUUAUAGGGUGUACAAUUGAUGAUACAAAGCGGCUCUCCACAAUAAAGGAAUUGCUUUGUAAUAUUCUUAAGGGAAACAAUGACUUGAAGACAACAAAAAUGACACUUUCACCUCCUUAUUUACGCAUAGGGAGAGAAGAUUACAUCAAAUCAUGCUUGUUGAUCGGGACUAUGAAAAGGCCUAAUCUGUUGUUUGAUACUGUUUGCACUCUAACUGACAUGUUGGGCUUUAGGGUGUUUGUGGAUAAAAGGGACAUAUGUAUGGAUUCAAUGUAUAGGAAGGAAUUGCAAAGUGUAUUGGGAGGGAAGGCUAUGAGUUUGCCACAGGUGUUUAUUAGAGGGAAGCAUAUUGGUGGUGUGGAUGAGAUUAAGCAACUUCAUGAGGUUGGAGAGUUGGCAAAGCUUUUGGAAGGAUUCCCAACUCAAGAUCCAGGGAUUGUUUGUGACAGUUGUGGGGAUGCAAGGUUUGUGUCGUGCCUAAAUUGUAAUGGAAUUCGAAAAGUGUUUAAGGAAGAGGAAGGGAAAUUGAAGAGGUGCUCGAAUUGCAAUGAGAACGGAUUGAUUCGGUGCCCAAAUUUCUACUCUUGA